AUGAAAGAGCAUGACCACGAAGAAUUUUACGAAUUCACUCGUAUGUGGCCGCAUAAAUUCGAGCAGUUAGUUGAACUUGUGUCACCAUUUUUACUAAAUGCUCAAAAUUGCAUAAGAAAACCUUUACCUACUGGUUUACGUGUUACUUUAACACUGUCUUAUCUUGCUCAUGGAAAUGCUGUGCGAACACAAUCAUGGGAUUAUCGAGUAGGAAGAUCCACAGUUUAUAAAAUUAUUCCGGAAGUAUGUGAGGCUAUAUGGAACGCCCUUCAUCCUACGUAUCUCCCAUAUAUGAGUCAAGAAAAAUUGAUCAAAGUGGCUGAAGAAUUUUAUUUAAAGUGGCAAUUUCCCAAUUGUGUUGGAGCAGUAGACGGGAAACAUAUAAAAAUACGUUGCCCUCCAAACUCUGGAUCAGAGUUUUUUAACUAUAAACAAUAUUUCAGUAUUGUUCUUAUGGCAACUUGUGAUGCUCAAUUUAAAUUUACUUGGGUUGACAUUGGUCAAUAUGGAUCUAUAAGUGAUGGUGGUGUGUGGAGCAGGUCCAAAUUUGGAAUAUAA